GGCACACACCCUAGUAAACCCAAUCGAAGCCUCGAUGGUUUUAGAAAGAGAGUCACGUCUGUUUCACACUUUCACAGCUAGCGAAACACAGAAAAUCUAAGAACCUCUGAUCGGAAUACAGAACCAGCUGGAGCUCAAUUCAACCCAACCCGACCCAACUGAUGAAUUGGAGAAGUAGCUGGCAUUGCCUCAAUAAGGUAUACAAAGCUGCGGCGGCAGAUUACAAAUGUGGGCCUUCCUUGAGUUCAGGGCUAGCUUUGUCUCGGCAAUUUGGAGACAUGACUGCUACUGAGCCUGAGCUCAAUAGGGAUUUCCUUGUACAGCUAUGGAUGGUGGAUGAGGAGAUGAAGAAGUUUCAAAGAAAAUCGAAACGGAGGGCUGUUGAGCCAAAUGAGGGUGGCAUGGUUGCAAAGCAGCCACCUGUGAGCCAAUCCAUAUCAGGAAAUUUGAAGCCGGAAUCUCCAGAAGAGGUCCAGGUGAUGCCUCUUCUUGCUAGAUCAAAUAUGCUUGUUACUCGGGAUAUAGAGUGGGCAAAUCUUAUGCUUGGGUUUGAGCAGGAAAAUCGUUAUGCAAUAGUAGAUGUAUGCUAUCCACAAUCGCCUGUAGGUUUCAUUCGUGAGGAGAGUAAUGUUCUCACUAGACAGUUACUUCGCCAGCGGCGUCCUUUGGUAGCUCGAGUCACUGAUGGCCUGGGUAAUGAACUCUUCAGGGUUCGCAGGCCUUUUUGGUGGAUAAAUAGCUCAAUUUAUGCAGAGAUCAAUGGCAAGGAAGUCGGUGUGGUUCACAGACGAUGGCAUUUGUGGAGGAGAAUAUAUGAUUUGUACCUAGGAAAUAAACAAUUUGCGGUUGUUGAAAACCCUGGAUUCUGGAAUUGGACCUUUACUUUGAAGGACAUUGAUGGGGGUGUUUUGGCUGAGAUAGAUCGUGAUUGGAGGGGUUUUGGCUUUGAGCUCUUUACUGAUGCUGGGCAAUAUGUGAUUCGUUUUGGGAGCUCUGAUCCCACCACCCUCAAGAUUGGCCUUGCUAGCCAGGUUAAAGAGUUGGACGUAGUUCGCCCAUUGACUCUCUCAGAGAGAGCUGUAACUCUUGCUCUUGCUAUAUCGUUGGAUAAUGACUAUUUCUCCAGACAUGGUGGAUGGGGAAUGCCUUAUUUUGAUAUAGGCGAAUGAGUCCUGCUGGCUCUGCGGUGUGCAGACAAGUCUAAGUACUUGAUCUGGUCAUUCGUAUUAUGUGAGGGUUCGAAACAAUGCUG